UGUUUGUGAGUGCGACACCCUGGAACAGCUUUCACAUCAACUACAAGUACAAAAAAAAUAAAAUUGAAAAAAUUAAAUAUAUCCCGACAUACCGAAACCGAUCCUAUCCAAGAUGAGUUUCCUCAAUUACGUGUUCGGCCCCAAUCUGUUCAUGGAGUACCGCGGUGUUCCGGAGCCACAGCGCAAGAUGUACGAGGCGGGUGCGGUGGAGAAGUUCGGCGAGCAGAUUCUGUCCACGCUCUCGGUGAUGUGGUCCGUGGGCUACUACACAUCGCCGCUGCUCGUCACAUUCCUCUAUCGACGCGGCUACCUGGUGACCGACUCCUUGCCGACGCUGGCCAAGAUCACCACCAGCGUGGGCCUCAUUGUGAUAAUUUCGCUGGUGAUGCGCGGCCUUGGGCGCAAGCAAUCCCGCUCCUACUCCAACAUGAUGAAGGCCCUGGUUCGCGCAAAGGCUUCCAAGACGGCGGGAGAUGCCAACAGCGACCUUCGUCGCUUCGACAUCGAGUUCAACGCCUGGCCGGUGGACUUCGAUGUAAAGGCUUUGACGGGAGACACCAAGAAGCCCGUGGUCACGGCCAGCAGGAAGGAGCCACUUAAACUGGACACUGUGCCUUGUGAGGUCAUCGCCUACCUCGCCAUCAACACAUUCGGGCUCUCCAUGAUCUAUCCGGGCUCCGUCAAGCUGCUUCAGAAAUUCAUGAGACCCAUGCUGAUCUCUGGACGCGCCAAGCUCAUCGAGGAUGACAACGGCAUCCGCUACAAGGUUAAGACCAUUGACUCGAACGAAAUCGAUACGUUGUUUAUUGACAACCGCAACGAUAACGUGGGCAAUGGCAAGGCUCUAGUCAUUUGCUCCGAAGGCAAUGCCGGCUUCUAUGAAGUUGGCAUAAUGGGAACCCCAGUGGCCUUAAAGUACUCAGUUCUGGGUUGGAAUCACCCCGGAUUCGCCGGCAGCACGGGCACACCUCAUCCGCACCAGGACAAGAACGCCAUCGAUGCUGUGGUGCAGUUUGCCAUCAAUCAUCUAGGCUUCGCCGUGGAGGAUAUCAUUCUGUAUGGCUGGAGUAUCGGUGGCUUCAGCACAUUGUACGCUGCCUCUGUAUAUCCGGAUGUCAAGGGAGUGGUGCUGGACGCCACCUUCGAUGAUGUCCUCUACUUGGCCGUUCCGCGUAUGCCAGCACCUCUGGCGGGCAUUGUCAAGGUAGCCAUUCGCAACUACUGCAAUUUGAACAAUGCCGAGCUGGCCAACGAGUUCAAUGGACCCAUAUCAUUCAUUCGCCGCACUGAGGAUGAGAUUAUUGCAGAGGACAACCACAUUGAGACUAAUCGCGGCAAUUUCUUGGUCUUGUCGGUGCUCAAGCACAGGUACCCCAACAUUUUUGGGGCUUCCCAGCUGAACAAGGCCAAGGGGCUGCUGUCCAAACCACUGGAGCCUUAUAGUAUCCCCACCGCCGACGAGAAGCUCUGCAUGUCUCGCUUGAUUACAUACGCCUCCGACGAGGGCAAGUCCUUCCCCAUGAACAUAGGCGCGGAUUACUCAGACGAGGUGCGCAACCUCAUGGCUGUGUUCUUGUUGCGCAAGCAUUUACGUGACUACAACUCCACGCACUGCACCCAGCUGCCCGGAGAGUUCUUCAACAUGCCUUGGGACAUUCCCACCGAGCAGGGAUUUGUGUUCACCUAAGCCUCUAAUUACCCGAAAGGUGUUCGACGGCCGUAUGCUUAGACUUAGUGAAAUGGUUUUAGUCAUUUUUGCACUCUGACUGCUUAUUAAAUUAUUCUAACUGGGAACAGCCGGGAUUAGCUGGACAACUGGUGUAAAAUUGUCUUAUAUACGAAAUAAUAAAUGUCACAAGCUAACAUAAAA